UGACCACCGGAAGUUCCACGUGUUUUUUUCCCCCGAUGAAGACACGUGGGUGGCCUUUCGAUUCGGCGGGGGUCUCUUCGCUCUUCCUGUCCUCCCGCUUUCCUUCCUUCUCCCCCCACCCUCCCCAAUGCCCCUUCCGGAUCGCUCCGCUCUGUGGUCGGUUCCAAGGGGGGAGAAUAAGCAUGGAAAAGCCCCGGCAAAGGCAGCGGCCCGAGUCUAACGCUCAGUACCGGGACCGAGGUUUCUGGGAGUCGCGCUAUCGGGUGGAAGGGGCCGAACCGGCGGAGUGGUUCGGGGGCUUGGAAUGCUUUCGAGAGCAGCUGGAGGCGGAGCUGAAGCCAGGCGACCGGAUCCUCGUGCUGGGCUGUGGAAACAGUGCUCUGAGUUACGACCUGUUCCGACUUGGAUAUACAGACAUCACCAACAUAGACUAUUCAGAAGCGUGCAUCGUAAGCAUGAGAGACCACUAUGCCCAUUGCCCAGGCUUGCAGUGGGCAGUAAUGGAUGCCCGGGCUUUGACCUUUGUGGAUGGGACCUUUGAUGUAGUCUUGGAAAAGGGAACUCUUGAUUCCAUGAUGGUAGAAGAAGGGGAUCCGUGGAAUGUCUCCCAUGAGGCCAGAAUGCUGCUAGACCAGGUGUUAACUGAGGUGAGCAGAGUCUUGCGUCCUGGCGGGCGCUUCAUCUCCAUCACCUUUGCCCAGCCCCACUUCCGCAAGCGCCAUUACGCCCAGCCCGCCUACGGUUGGUCCGUUCGGUACAAGACGUACGGCAGUGGCUUCCACUACUUCCUCUACAUCAUGCUGAAGGGUGACACGCUGUCCCCAUCUGACCUCUUGAUGGGGCAGAGCCUCCAUCCGCGCCCUGGUGUCUCACCUCCUCCCUGCCUGGCUUACCUGCAGGACUCGGACAAUGAAGACUACCUUUCGGUCAUAGAGCUGUGAGCCUCCGAGAAGGCAAACACGAGGGGAGGGGAGCGGUCUGGGCAGAACUGGGCUCCUGUGACCAGAAUGUGCCACCUUGUGCCAAUCUAGAUGCAGCUUGGCUGCCUGUGCCAAAAUAUCUCCAGGUCACUCUGGGUGAUUCCUGCAUAUUUCAUCAUCGUUUCUUGUUCAAACUCGGAUGCCUUCCCUCUCUGCAGUUGUCAGCAGGAGCCAAUUCCCUGUGGGGCCUGGAAGACAGGGACGGAUUCUGUGGCCGGCUGUGUUGCAGAAAAGAUCGCUCUCCCGUCUCCCCACUGUGCCCUUCUCUCUUUGCAUCUCAGAACCAGCAAGCAGUUCGUGGAAAGAGAGAGAGAGAGAGAAGAGCGAUCAGGACGGGCUUUUCCUCUUCUCGGUGUGCCAUGAUUUUGUUAUCUCUUCGCCCCCACCCUCCAGCGAUUUGUGCUGAAAUGGUGCUUUGAAAAGGGGGCUGCAGUUUCGCAGCGAGCCUUGGGCAUGGCGCUCUCUGAAAAGGAAGCGCUGAGAGUUUGCAGCUGUCGUUUUCUGCCGUGUUUGGAGGAGACGUUUGCUCCAGUGAUUUUUUAAUAAAUGGCAGCUGGACCUACCGAACAUGG